AUGGUUAACUCAAUCAAAGGAGUCUUCAUCUCAUGUGAUGUUCCCAUGGCACAGUUCAUUGCACAUUUGAACAAUUCGUUGCCUGCUUCACAGAAGUUCAUAAUUCAAGUACUGAAACUGGACACUACUAGUAUGUUUGUGAAGCCAUAUGCUGAGGAGAUGAUCCGUGAUGCCGUCAUCAAGUUCAGGGACGAAAACUCUUACGCAAAGGCGAAUUGA